GUGUACUAAAAUUUCAUCCUUCACACAGCUGUAGCUUUGGCUUAGCUUUCUGCCAGUAUUGGCAUGCCAACUCUGCAUUAUUUUACAGUCACGCAGCGUUUGUUAGUGGACAAAAUGCGGAUUUUAUUGACUUGUUAUCAGUAACAGACACUUGAUCAAUGGGUGGGAAGAAAAAGAAGUCGGCAGCAGUGCACGCGACUGUGCAGCCGGCUGCUGCAGGCAGUAAUGCAGCUGCUGUGAAUGCAACCAAUGGAGCAUCUGAAUCUACAGGCAAAAAACAACAACAAAAACCAAAUCAUGAGAAAUCAGCCUCGAAAGAAAACAAGCCAAGAGCUCCUAAGACAUACAGUCUCAACACUAACACACAGACUGACACAAGUGGAGUGUCUGAUAAAUCCAUCCUGAAGGUUGUUAUCCAGCCGGAACUGGAGAAGAAAGUGAUCAAGCUGAUCAACGAUUACAGAGAAGAAUAUGCAGAUAAGGGACGGAUAUCUGGGAGACUCACAACCAAAAAGCUGUUGGAUUUGUACAGUGCUCUACAGAAGUUUCGGUUUAAGACAGAACACAUCGAGGAGGCAAUGAAGAGCAGUGUGCUGUAUGGAGGGGAUCUACACUCGGCACUCGACUGGCUUUGUCUGAAUCUCAGAGAUGAUGAGCUACCAGAAGGAUUCAGCCAAAAGAUGCAGGAGGAGAAGCAGAAGACUCGGCCCAAGUUCCAGUCUUCUAAAGAGGACAAGAAACUACCAUCGGCCAAUGAGGAGUCACCUAAAGAGGAGGAGAAGCCUAAGGCAAAAACUCCAGUAAAAGAUGACAGCAGUAUGAAGGAGUGGAUAUUGCGCUACGCUGAGCAAUCUGAUGAUCAAAGCAGUGAAGACGAUGAACCGAAUGAAACUAGUAAAUAUAACCCAGAGCUGGAAGAGAAAUUCGAUCCUAAUGACAGAUACCUGGAGCUGACGGCACAACUGUACGAUGCUAAAGAGAUGGCUGCACAGUUUAAAGCCAAGAAAGACAAAGCCGGACAGAGGACGGCACAAGACCGGAUUAGAGUCAUUCAGCAAGAAAUGAAGCCCUUGGAGUCUCAUCCAAUGUUUAACGCCGCUAUUAAAGUUAAAGACGCUCCUAAAGAUGAUAAAAAGCCGGUUGCGCUGACUGACGGAAAGGAGGAAGUCAAUUUCAGCCUCUUCGAGCAGGCUGACACACCACCACCCUCAGAAAAACCUCUAGCGGACAAAAACAAGAAAGAGCCCAAAGACAUCCGUAACUUCGACUACACAUCCAGAAGCUGGACGGGGAAGUCACCCAAACAGUUUUUGAUCGACUGGUGCAGGAAGAACCUGCCGAAAAGCCCGCCACCAUCCUUUCAGAAAGUAGCAGUCGGGAAAUAUUGGAAAUGCAAGGUUCGCGUUCAGAGACCCAAUGAUGUCCUGGAAGUGUGUCCCACUAUCCUAACUGAAGAUGGGAUGCAGGCCCAGCACUUAGGAGCUACAUUGGCUCUUUACACCCUAGUCAAAGGACAGUCCGUGCAUCAGUUACUCCCGCCAACCUACCGCGACGUGUGGCUCGAGUGGCGAGACAGCGAACAAAAAGAGGAGGAGCAAAGCCGCUCCGCCAUCAACAAACCCCGUGACCAAUUCAUUGCACGCCUGCUCACCCGCCUCAAACAGCAACAGGCCCACCAACAUCAAAGCGACUCGCAGGACGGGCCCCGGGACGGUGGAGACGAACCAGAGGACUCUUGGGAGAACCUGGACGUGCAGGAGGACAGUGCACCCCAGUUCUGUGAAGGCCCUGUGGCAGAGGAGGCGUCCCGAAGACUUUUUCUCAAACUGCAGGACUCGACCGUAGCUCGCAGGCUGCUGCCGGAGAGGCAACAGCUGCCUGUUUACCAAAACCGGCAGAAGGUGCUGGACGCUGUACGACGCCACCGUGUAGUGGUGAUUGCCGGAGAGACGGGAAGCGGAAAAAGCACACAGAUCCCGCAGUUUAUCCUGGAAGACCUCCUGGUUGGGGGGAAAGCCGUUCAGUCGUGCAAUGUGGUGGUUACCCAGCCCAGAAGGAUCUCGGCUAUGAGUCUGGCCAGCAGGGUGUCGCAGGAGAUGGGCAGUGAUGAAGGACCAGGAUGCAAGAAUUCACUGUGUGGAUAUCAAAUCCGGAUGGAGAACCGCUCCGGGGAGUCCACACGCCUGCUGUACUGCACCACUGGAGUUCUGCUCCGAAAACUGCAACAAGAUCGACUCCUCAGCUCCCUCACGCACAUCAUUGUGGACGAGGUUCACGAGCGCAGUGUACAGUCAGAUUUCCUCCUCACUAUUCUCAAAGAUGUCAUCCAGAAGCGCUCCGAUCUGCGUCUGAUCCUGAUGAGUGCUACAGUUGACUGCGAUAAGUUUGCCAACUACUUUAACCGCUGUCCAGUGGUCACCAUCCCAGGCAGAACUUUCCCCGUGGAGGUGUUUCAUCUGGAGGAUAUUGUGGAGGAGACGGGUUAUGUUUUGGAGCAGGACUCUGAGUACUGUCAGAAGUUUAUGGAAGAAGAAGAAGAGGUGAACAUCAGCAUCACACAGACUGGAGGAAAAACUAUUCAACAUCAGGAGGUUAUUGUGAGGGACUCUGGCUCAGGUUGGGAUCUGGGCACCGAAUUCGAUCACUUCAGCAGCCGGACCCACCGUGUUUUGCAGUACAUGAACCCCAAUAAGAUUAACAUGGAUCUGAUCCUAGACCUGCUUGCAUACCUGGAUAAGUCGCCCCAGUUUUGUAAUGUGGAAGGCGCAGUUCUGAUCUUCCUCCCAGGCUUGGCUCAUAUCCAACAGCUGUACGAUCUGCUGACCACAGACAAACGCUUCAGCUCAAAAGACAGAUACAAGCUGGUACCUCUUCACUCUACACUGUCAUCCCAGGAUCAGUCUGCUGCUUUUACAGUGCCCCCUUCUGGAGUGAGGAAGAUCGUGCUGUCCACAAACAUUGCCGAAACGGGCGUCACCAUUCCCGAUGUCGUCUUUGUCAUCGACACAGGAAAAACAAAAGAGAACCGAUAUCAUGAAAGUAGCCAGAUGAGUUCUCUGGUAGAGACGUUUGUGAGUAAAGCCAGCGCUCUGCAGAGGCAAGGCAGAGCGGGACGUGUCAGAGAUGGCUUCUGUUUUCGUCUCUACCCUAAAUUUAGAUUUAAUAGCUUCAUAGACUACUCCAUUCCUGAGAUUCUGAGGGUGCCUUUGGAAGAGCUUUGCCUUCAUAUUAUGAAGUGUGAAUACGGCUCACCAGAGAGUUUCCUGUGUCAAGCUCUGGAUGCCCCUCAGCAGCAGGCAGUGUGUAACGCCGUCGCCCUGCUGAGAAAGAUUGGCGCCUGUCAGCCAGAAAGCCACACCCUCACACCUCUCGGCCAUCACCUAGCCACCCUGCCCGUCAAUGUCAAGAUCGGAAAGAUGCUCAUCUUUGGUGCCAUUUUUGGUUGCUUGGAGCCCAUCGCCACUAUAGCAGCGGCCAUGUCGGAAAAGUCGCCCUUCGCUACUCCAAUGAGCAGAAAGGAAGAGGCCAACCUGGCUAAAGCUGCCCUAGCGGUCGCUAACUCUGAUCACAUGACCAUCUACAACGCUUGCCUCGGGUGGAAAGCUGCACGAAGUGAAGGAACUCGUGCUGAGAUGACCUACUGCAGGAAAUACUUUCUGAAUCGCACCGCCCUCAUGACCAUCGAGGCUGUAAAGCAGGAGCUCAUCAGGAUGGUGGAGCAGGCCGGAUUCAUUUCUUCGAAGUCUGGCAGAACUCCCCGCUCUCGGCCCGGAUCUGAGACUAAAGCCCCGGGCUCGCUCUCCAAGCAGGACAUCUCUGUUCUCAGUGCUGUGCUGGCGGCAGGUCUGUACGACAACGUGGGCCGCAUCAUCUACUCUCCCUCUCCAGACGUUCAGGAGCGGGUGGCGUGUGUGGUCGAGACGGCUCAGGGAAAGGCCCAUGUUCACCCCUCAUCAGUCAACCGCUUCCUGCAGACUUACGGUUGGCUGCUUUUCCAGGAAAAGGUGAAAUACUCUAGGGUGUUUCUUAGAGACACAACAUUGAUCUCCCCUUUAUCAAUGCUGCUGUUUGGAGGUGAUAUUGACGUACAGCACCACGAGAGACUCAUCUCUCUGGAUGGAUGGAUCUACUUUCAGGCUCCGGUCAGAGUCGGUGUUAUCUUCAAACACCUUCGCAAGCUGAUCGACUCCCUCCUGGAGAGGAAAUUGGCCAACCCCAAAAUGAAUUUGGAAGAUGAGAAGACCAUACAUAUGAUCACAGAGUUGAUAAAGUCAGAAAACAGACUCUGAGGAGGUGCCUUUUGUAUUCUACAAUGAAUUGCUUAUACAGUAUAUAAAAUAAUGACACAGCAGAGUUUGAUUGUAAAUUGCCAAAACCAGAAUAAAAAUAUUUUAACACAACAAAA